GAACUUGAUCUGUUAAAAGCUUCGCCAUCCUAUUCUCUUAAUCUUGCAGAAGAUGAUGAUGAUGAUGAUAGUGUCUUUUGUCAACGUGUAGUAUCAGUUUCAGAUGUUUAUGACUCUAUUCAUGAAGUACCUUAUGAGAAAGGUGAUGGGGCAUUGGAAAUUACGGUGGAUACGUCAAUACUGCCAACAAGAUGGAUCUCUUCAGUGCCUUUGGAGUUGUCAAAAGUGUCUGAAAACAGAGACCUGUUAAUUGAAAAGGACUUGCAUACUGAAACUUGCAAGAGGCAAAAAAAGCCUGCGCCUCAAAAAUUCUUAAGAAAUGGAAAGGAUGAAUCUGCCAUUUCAGAAAUGUGUGAGAAUGCAGGUGAUCAGCUUAUCCAGACAGUCUCUCCUAUCAAAAAAGACGACCCUCUUAUGAAAGCCAGAGAUGAGCUGGCAGAAGAGAUUGCAAAAACAGUGAUGUCUGAAUCGCCUCAGAGUGGUGAAGGAAAAGCAAUGUCAUUAGAAGAUCUGGUUAGUUCACUGGCUUUUAACCCAUUUGUAACGCGGAAACAAAUUCCUCGAACUCCAGAAAAUCUGCUUACUGAAAUUAGAAGCUCUUGGAGAAAAGCUAUUCAGACUGAGGGCUCAUCAGAUGUAGAGCUGUCCCCAGCUGAAGUAAUGAGAGAAGAAGCUUCAGUGGACUCUGCACUUAAAACACAGGAGGUAGAAGACUCUAAGAUUGUGUGUUCUAACCCUGCAUCUCCUGUACCUGACUUUGAUCCUCCCUCAUCAGAAAGGAACUCUUGGUUAAGUUCUACAGAAUUUAGACCUCAAGAGCAGAUGGAGGUAAGUCAUAUAAUUGAAUCUCCAACUUCGAAAACAUCUGGAUUGCAAGAGAGUAAGAGAACUGAAGAACGGGAAUUAAAAUGUAUUGAUUUGAACAAAAGUUGUGUAGAAGAUCCAGAAGAACAGGUUUUUCCAUAUAGAAAGAAGAACAUGAAUACUACAGGUAUUUGUUCAGAAAGCAAUAGUAGAACAAAUGUUCUACCUUCAGACCACUCUUGGGGUUCCUUGAUGAAUGAGAUGCUGCAACAGAGUGUAUCUUCAAUGUUAAGUUCUAUGAAUGUUGAAAGUGCCCACUUGGGAAUAUUGGAUGAGACACUUCCAGAAGAACUUGAUAACAUAGAUCUCAACAAAUCUUCAAGCUCAGAGUCUGAUGUAAUAGACAGUGAAUAUGUAACAGGUGGUUCAAGAAAUAAGGGUAUUAAAAAAUCAAAUCUAGAUCUACAGUCCCAGUUCAACACGUAUGAAGCACAGAAGAAGACUGCAUCUAGAAGUGACGAGGAGCUGCAUCAAACACAUAAUGGAGGUGAAUCUCCAAGUUGUCAAUCAGACCUAAGUCUUGCAUCAGAAAGAGGAGAAGGAGAUGAAUCAUACAAUCCUCUAGAACUCUUCCGCUUGGAUGAUGAAUUUGUCAAGACGCCAUCACCAGUAUCUCUUGAUAAAAGAAAAUAUUCCCUGUCAUCUUUGCUGAUAUCUUCUCAACAUCUGGAGGAAAUGGCAUCAAUGGUACACGAUAUCCCAGUAGAGUUAAUACAUAAAUUGAAGGACAAAGAACAGUUGGAGGAGAAGCCAGACACAAAGGAACCAUCAUCAGGAUAUGAUUUGUAA